AUGGCGUCUAUGCAUUCCCAUGAGCCUCUGAGCCAUGAGAAAUAUCACAAAAACAAAACCAGCAUCAUUGAGUCAGGCAGUGGUUUGAAUAGCUGCAACUCCACUGACACCAGCCCGACAACCAGUGACACCAGUACCUGCAGCAGCAAAGCAUCUGCAGAUGUCCAAGAAUUGAGGAAGAGAAAGGCCAGCCCUCAUGAUGAAAUGCCCAGUAAGAGGCAGAGGUGCACUUCCAGUAGCACCAGCGAAACCAGUCCCAGCAGCAGCAAGGCUCAAAAGAGGACUAGGGAGUCCAGCGCUGGUGAGGAGGAGCCCAGAAAAAGGCAGAAGAGCUCUGAGCGCAGCCAGAACUCCUGCGGCUCUUCAUCUUCACAAGAGGAGAAAGAAACGACACUCCCCGGCGUGAACACCAGCAAAGCUGAUUUUGAUGCCAAGUACAUGCGGCUCGGCAACGUCAGAAAUGAUGAUUUUGGAUUUGCCUAUGACGGCUGCCGAACAAGGGAUUUUUUACCAGUCACGAUCAAACAUGUUCAGGGAGCACAUGUGAUACGUCAAAUGGAUCUGUUUAAGAUCCCGAUAGAAGUGGCCCUCAUGAAGAGAGCUUCAGGUGGACCGGAGUCUGUUGGGAAGUCUGCCUCUCUAACCCUUUUGGACUGGUACUACGUAGAACAUGACGUUAUCUUGGUCAUUGAGAGACCAGCUCCUUGUUUGGGAUUAAAGGAGUACCUUGAUUUCAAAGGAGGCACUCUUCAGGAGCAGGAGGCUAAGGUCUUCAUGACACAGUUGGUGGAGGCAUCAAUUGAGAUGUUCUGUAAGGGUGUGUUUCACCGAGACAUUCGCUCAGAGAACAUACUCAUUGAAAUGGAUCCUCCAAUCCCACGAUGCCGCAUAGCAAACUUCGCAUGUACCCUGGCAUGUGCCCCUCCAGAGUGGUACGUCUACGGAGAGUAUCACGCUGGUCCCACUACAGCGUGGCAGCUGGGAGCCAUGCUGUACCGCUGGCUGCAUGGAUUUAAAAACAGCACCUUUGGUAUACUAAGUGGCAAAAUGCAACUCAGCAAGGACUCAGCUACACCACUGUCCGAAGACUGCCUUGACUUCUUACAGCUGUGUCUCAGAAAAAACCCUUCAGAGCGCGGCAACCUGCGGCAGCUACAGCGCCACCCCUGGCUGAAAUGA